CUAUUGAUGAAGAAGAAGAAAAUUGUUUUCACAAAGCUUACGUUUCAAAAACCAUUGAAGAAAUGAUGCAGCGAGAAAAUUUAUUUAAAACUUUGGAACUUUUAACUGAAAGGAUCCAAUCAUUAUGGGAACCAUUGUGGGAACCAUCAGGUGGUGGUGAUUCGUCAACCAAUUUAUCAGAUCAGUGGGCGUGGACUAAUUGGUCAAGUUUAAAAUUAGUUCUUGCAAUGGUAUAUAUUGAACGAUUGCGUAAGGCUAAUCCAUGUUUCCAUGGCGAACAAGGAUGUUCACAUCGCGUAUUUUUCAUCGCAUUCGUUAUAGCUUCAAAAUAUGUGGACGCAAGUUUUUCAAAAAGUUGUUCGGAAGGUGAUGAAACAUUAAUUAGGAUAGCAAGAAGGGAAAGAAGGAUGGACGAAUGGCGUUCAGAAGAUAAUGAAGGUUUGACUUUUCAAGAAUGUAGUAGUGAAAAUGCAAAAGGGGGAAUAUCAGGAAAAAGAAAAACAAAAAGUGAGGAUGGAAAAAGAAAACGAAAAAGGAGGAGAAGAACUGGAGGAAUAGAUUUUAGUUUAAAAGAUUUUAAAAAUUUUAGUAAUAAUAGAUUAAAUACUACAAUAUAUGAUUUCGAUAAUAAUCAUUUUGGAGGAUUUAUUAUUGGGGGUGAAGUAAUUAAUUAUGGAGAUGGAAUU